UUUUUGAUCAGUAGUCUUCAUCUUCACUUGAUUAUUAUAAUACAGACCGUUUUGCUAAAACCAGCUGCACUGAUUUUUUACCAUACGAAUUAGGGGCGGAUGGUGGGAAUUAAUACUGAUGAUCAAGUAAAUGUAUCUGAUGUUGAUUCGUCUUCAUUGAGAAUCGAACUUGAUCAACUUAAGGCAAAGUUGUCUCUUUCCAAUCAUUUUGGAUCCUGGGUUGCACCCGACAUUGAUUCUUCUUCUUCAUCAUCAUCAUCAUUGAGAAUCGAACUUGAUCAACUUAAGGAAAAGAUCUGUCUUUUAGGUAAUUUUGGAUCCUUGGUUGUACCUGAAGUUGAUUCUUCUUCAAAAUUAAAAAUCGAACUUGAUCAACUCAAGACAAAGAUCUCCCUUUUAGGUUCGGGAGUGGAUAGAUUGAACGGCCAGAAAGUAAAAGGUGUGAAUUUGGGCAAUUGGUUGGUUAUUGAAGGAUGGAUGAAACCUUCAUUAUUUCAGGGUAUUCCUGAAGGAGAUAUGCUUGAUGGAGCAAAGGUUAGGUUCAAAUCUCUGAGCAGAAAUAAGUAUGUAUGUGCAGAGGAGGGAGGGGGUUCCGGCAUUGUCACUGUAGACAGGGAGAAAGCUAGUGCUUGGGAAACCUUCAGAUUGUGGAGAGUGUCUCAAUCGGAAUUUCAGUUUCGCACUUACAAUGGACAAUUUCUAUCUUGCCGCGGAGAAGGGGCCAUUGUCUCCACAACAUCUAAUUACCCGUCUUUGACUGAAACGUUUUCUAUUGUAAGGAGUAGUAAUGAUAGAGUUCAUAUUAAACUAUCUAGUGGUACGUAUUUGCAGGUGUCUUCCGGAAAUGAGCUCAGAGCAGACUAUGUAGGCAACCCAGGGUGGGAAAAAUAUCCAGCCACAUUUGAAAUGACUUUUGAUGGUGAAAAUAUGCGUGGGGAGUACCAGCUCGCAAAUGGGUAUGGAUAUGAAAAGGCGAAACAAGUACUGGAUGAACAUAGGGGCAGCUAUAUUACACAAGCAGACUUUCAGUUUCUUAGCAGAAACGGUAUAAACACCGUGAGGAUUCCUGUUGGGUGGUGGAUUGCCCAAGAUCCCAACCCACCGGCUCCUUACGUUGGGGGAAGUUUGGCAGCUCUUGAUAAUGCAUUCAAAUGGGCACAGGAGUAUAACAUUAAAUGCAUAAUCGACCUUCAUGCAGUUAAUGGUUCCCAAAAUGGAUGGGAUCACAGUGCAGGUCGAGAUGGUUCUGUGGGCUGGCCAACAUCUAAUGAACACAUCCAGCAAAGCCUUGAUGCGAUAGAAUUCAUAGCUUCCAAAUAUGGAAGCAGUCCUGCUUUAUUGGGGAUUCAACUUUUGAAUGAACCAAAAGCUCCUGAAGUUCCGCUCAAUACCUUACUGGAUUACUACUCAAAGGGAUACAAUAUUGUCAGGAAUUAUUCAGCUACAGCUUAUGUAAUAAUGUGUCAGUUGAUUGGCGCAGACCCAUCAGAGCUUUAUCAUGCUAUUGCGAACAUGGGUUUAUCAAACGUAGUGGUGGAUGUACAUUUCUACAAUUUCUAUCAAUCAAAAUUUGAUACGAUGAGCCCCGCAGAGAAUAUUCAAUUCAUCAAAGAGAGCAGGAAAGCUCAAGUAGAUUCCCUAAACAUUGCUAAUCGAGAUGGUCCAUUGGUUUUUAUUGGGGAGUGGGUGAAUGAAUGGAGCUUUAGAGGCGGUUCUCAGGAGAAUUAUCAAGACUUUGGUGGAGCACAGUUAGAUGUUUAUGGUUCAGCUUCUUUUGGAUGGGCAUAUUGGUCACUCAAGAAUGUUCAUGAUCAUUGGGAUCUCGGGUGGAACAUCAAGAACAAAAUCCUGCAGUUAUAAGGUACGAACAAUUACAUUAUUUUGUAGUACUACCAGUUAAAUCCAUGUUACAUUUGUGCAACUCGGCUUAGGUUUGCCUGGGAAGUAUUGACUCAUUUGGUGCUCGUAACUCAUCCUAAGCAAUUGCGGUUAUUCCUAUUGGCUAGUAGAUAUUGCUACUUGCACAAUGAUUGUAAUUUACGGAAACCUCUUUAUAAGAAAAAAUUCAUGUAGUCAUUGAGUAUAAAUAAGAAUAAGUUUUGUGUCA